UUGACAUUGCCGCUUUAAAGAGGAGAAGUAUAUCAACUUCGGUUGGCUGGUGGCACUGAAAAUUUUGUACAUUUUGUGCAAAUCUGGUCGAAUCAUUUGUGAUAAUAUAGAAAAAUCAUCUGUCCAUAGAACAUACCGCAGUUAUCGAACCGAGAUUAUGGCUUACCUAUAUGGGGUAACUGCACAGAAGCCGACUGCGGUUACGGCGUGUGCCACCGGCAACUUCACAUCCGAAAAUGACUUGAAUCUUAUUGUCGCUAAAAACUCACAGAUAGAUCUGUAUCUGGUGUCCCCUGAAGGCUUGCGUCCGCUUAAGGAAGUGAAUAUCUACGGACAAAUUGCUGUGAUGAAGCAUUUUCGGCCAGCGGACUCCAACAAGGAUUUGAUAUUUAUUUUGACUGCACGAUAUAAUGCGAUGAUUUUGGAAUUCAAAAUGAUUCGGGAUGAAAUCAAUAUAAUAACUAAGGCGCAUGGAAAUGUUGCAGAUCAAGUUGGCAAACCGUCUGAGAGCGGGAUCAUUGCCGUGAUUGACCCGAAAGCAAGGGUGAUCGGGAUGAGUUUGUAUGUUGGAGUUUUCACUAUAAUUCCACUCGAUAAGGAUACGAGUGAAUUGAAAGCGACGAGUUUAAGAAUGGAUGAGCACAGUAUCUACGACGUGGAGUUUCUGCACGGAUGUGCCAAUCCAACAAUCAUUGUUAUUCACAAGGAUACAGACGGAAGGCACGUAAAAACUCAUGAGAUUAAUCUUCGCGACAAGGAGUUCACUAAGAUCGCAUGGAAACAGGAUAACGUUGAGACUGAAGCAACGAUGCUUAUACCGGUUCCAACGCCUUUGGGUGGGGCGAUAGUAGUCGGCCGGGAAUCUAUAGUAUAUCACGAUGGGAUAGUUUACACUGCAGUGGCGCCGUCUAUUUUCAAGCAAAGCACUAUCAAUUGCUACGCACGUGUAGACAGUAAAGGUUUGCGAUAUUUACUUGGUAACAUGUACGGUCAACUAUUUAUGCUGCUCUUAAUAACUGAGGAGAAUCCGAAAGGGGUUCUGACGGUGAAGGAACUCGAGGUGGAAUUGUUAGGAGAAAUAUCUACGCCUGAAUGCAUUACUUAUCUUGACAAUGGUGUCUUGUUUAUUGGGUCUAGACAUGGCGAUUCGCAGUUAGUAAAAUUGACGAAAAUAAAAAAUGAAAACGGGUCGUACGUGAUACCCAUGGAGACUUUCACAAAUUUGGGUCCCAUUUUAGAUUUAUGCGUCGUUGAUCUAGAUAGGCAGGGACAAGGUCAGAUUAUUACAUGCUCAGGCAGUUAUAAAGAAGGAUCUCUGCGAAUAAUAAGGAUUGGUAUUGGUAUUCAGGAGCAUGCUUGCAUCGAUCUGCCCGGCAUCAAAGGCAUGUGGUCACUGAAAGUAGGCAUUGAUGACACACCAUUCGAAAAUACUCUUGUACUAGCGUUCGUUGGGCACACAAGAAUUCUGACUUUAACAGGGGAAGAAGUGGAAGAGACGGAAAUUCAAGGUUUCUUGAACGAUCAGCAAACGUUUUACUGCGGUAACGUCGAAUAUGAUCAAAUUAUUCAAGUCACACCGCUCACUGCAAGACUUGUAAAAUGCAGUACGCGUCAGUUGGUGAGUGAGUGGAAACCGCCUGGCGAUAAACGAAUUGGUGUCGUUGGUUGCAACCCUUCACAACUAGUGUGCGCAUCCGCUUGUGACUUAUACUACAUUGAGAUCGAGGACGGAAAAUUAGUGGAACGCAAUCAUAAAGCUUUAGAGUAUGAAGUUGCCUGUCUGGAUAUCACACCGCUUGAUGAGAACAAGUCGAAAUCAGAUUUAGUCGUUGUUGGAUUAUGGACGGACAUUUCAGCAGUUAUAAUCACUUUGCCUGACUUAGAAACGAUGUACACAGAGAAAUUGGGAGGAGAAAUUAUUCCGAGAUCUAUUCUAAUGACAACAUUCGAAGGAAUUAAUUAUUUGCUGUGCGCGCUUGGAGAUGGCUCAAUGUUCUAUUUCAAUCUGAACAAGACAGACGGAUCGCUAACUGAUAAAAAGAAAGUUACUCUCGGAACCCAACCGACCAUUUUAAAGACUUUCAAAUCCUUCUCGACUACCAAUGUUUUUGCUUGCUCCGAUCGGCCGACAGUGAUAUAUUCAUCGAACCACAAACUCGUAUUUUCUAAUGUGAAUUUGAAAGAGGUAAAUCACAUGUGCUCGCUAAACGCAGAGGCUUAUCCAGACAGCUUAGCACUGGCCACCAAGAACUCAGUAAUCUUGGGUACGAUUGAUGAGAUUCAAAAGUUACACAUCAGGACAGUUCCAUUAGGCGAGGGACCCCGUCGAAUUGCCUAUCAAGAAAGCUCUCAAACGUUUGCAGUGUCCACGUUCCGAACCGAUAUUCAGGAUAAAUCGGGCUUAGUGCCAGCUCGACCAAGUGCUUCGACGCAGACCCAAAACAUCACAAUGUCUGCUAACACUCUGCCUAAACCUGGAGCUGGAACGUCUGGGUCGAAUAGUGAGAUCGGGCAGGAAGUUGAAACAAAUAAUUUGUUGAUUAUUGAUCAGAAUACAUUCGAAGUGCUUCACGCGCAUCAAUUCAUGCAGAAUGAGUAUGUGGUUUCUCUGAUGUCGGCGAAGUUAGGUGACGAUCCGCAAACGUAUUAUGUCGUUUCAACUGCCUUAGUUUAUUUUGAUGAAGCGGAACCUAAGAUCGGUCGAAUCAUAAUUUUCCACUACUUAGAUGGGAAACUCAUUCAAAUAGCAGAAACUAAAAUCGAUGGUUCUUGCCAUUCUUUAGUUGAAUUUAACGGAAAGGUUUUGGCUGGUAUCAAUAGCUUUGUUAGGUUGUACGAAUGGACGAGCGAGAAGGAGCUACGAAUGGAAUGUAACAUACAAAACAAUAUAACAGCUUUAUAUCUGAAAGCCAAAGGUGAUUUUAUACUGGUGGGUGAUUUGAUGCGUUCGAUUACGCUACUGCAACACAAGCAAAUGGAAGGAGUUUUUGUGGAAAUUGCAAGGGAUUGUGAUCCUAAGUGGAUGAGAGCAGUAGAGAUUUUGGAUGACGAUACUUUCCUUGGUUCGGAGAACUGUUGUAAUUUAUUCGUGUGCCAGAAAGAUAGCGCUGCAACAGCAGAUGAAGAACGUCAAUUAUUGCCAGAAGUUGCUAGGUUCCAUUUAGGGGAUAUUGUGAAUGUAUUCCGGCACGGUUCGUUGGUAAUGCAAAACGUGGGGGAGCGAACAACGCCGACCCAAGGUUGUGUAUUGUACGGGACUGUGUAUGGUGCGAUAGGGAUUGUUACGCAAAUUCCUCAAGAUUUCUACGAAUUUUUGCAUAGUCUUGAAGAAAGACUGACACAUACCAUUAAAAGUGUAGGAAAAAUCGAGCAUUCAUUUUGGCGAAGUUAUCAUUCGGGUCAAAAGACCGAGCCUUGUGAGGGUUUCAUUGACGGAGAUCUAAUUGAAUGCUUUUUAGAUUUAAGUCGAGAAAAAAUGCGAGAAACUGUUGAAGGGUUGGAGAUGAGUGUAAAUGGAGUGAAACAAGAAGCGACAGUGGACGAUGUUAUCAAAAUAGUGGAGGACCUAACGAGAAUUCAUUAAUACUAUACUGGGCCGUAAUUUUAUUCUUUACUAUAAUUGAUACUGGAAUCUUAUAUUUGGUUUAGUAUUAUAAAGAUGUUAUCCGAAGAGAAGAAUGUAUUCGAUUUUAUUUCAGGAAAAUUGUAUGGAAAUUGUUCGUUUUAGUUGACUGCAAGCAACUUAAGUGGAAUAUAUAUUCAUAAUAAAAGAGACUUUGAAAAUGUUUUCAAGGUGAAAUACGUAAACA